AUGUUCCUAGUGAUCUGGCAUUGCAUCGCCACCGUUCGGACGUCCCACCGAGUAAGCGAUCAAAUCGAUGCCGUUAAGAGCCUCGCGUCGCUCGCCCUAGACAACAAGUUGUACAAGAAAUACAUCGUUCAAGAGCAGGGUCUGCCUCCAUUGGUAAAGCUUUUGGAAGACGGGGCUUGCCUUUAUGCACAAAUUGCCGCGGCUGAUGCAUUAUGUGUAUUAACCAAUGACCAAAACAUCAUGGAUAAAGUCAUGAUUGUUAUCCUUCGUUUACUCAAGGAUGCGCCAAUUGAGGUUCAAAUUCAGGCAAUCGAGUUAGUGACCGAAAUGGCCGAGCAAUACUCGAUAACCGUAUACGAUUCCGUCGAAUGGAACGUGAUCUUGCCAAUCGUAACGUUACUGUCAGCCGAGACAUCUACCGACGAACUCAAAACCUGUUGCGCCGAGGCCUUGUGGACGCUCGCAGCUAAGAGCAAAACAAAUUGCAUGACGAUAACAAAGACAAGAGCAAUGCUUAGCCUGGCCAAGUUAGUAGAGAAGGAACGAGGUAAAUUACGGUACUAUUGUCUGAUGACUAUAAUGGAAAUAACCGCCGUCGCCGAAACCGACAUCCACUUCCGAUGCACCGUAUUCAAAACCAAUGCCGCUUCCACAAAAGCCGUCGUCGAUCAACUCUUGGGAGUGAUCGAAGAAUCACGUAACCCUAUACAGCAAAUCCCGGCCAUCAGAUCGAUCGGUUCCCUUGCCCGAAUCUUCCCGUCACACGAGACUCGGAUAAUUUCGCUCCUGAUAUCAUUACUACACAACAAGCACCUGACGGUGGCAUCGGAAGCCGAGAUCGCCUUGAAAAAGUUCACAUCUCCGGACAACUACCUCUGUUUCGAUCACUGGAAGUCGGUAAUGAAGUUCAUUAGUUUACCGGCGUUGAUGAGAUUGAUCGGAGGCGGAAAUAGGCUGCAGCGGCAUAGAUGGGAUCUAUUGAUCAUCCUUUACCUUUUUUAUCUGUACCAGCAUUUACGAGGAUCCCGUCAUUAG